UUUGGACCUUGGUCGAGUGGUGGGUCGAUAAGCGCGGGAAUCACGACGCGGCGUGGCGCUGCGCCGCGUGCCUCGCCACUCGCCGCCCGCACCGCGCCUGCGCCGCACCGACCUUCCCGCCAAACUUUCGAACAGUUAGUUCCAAUUUCAAACUCGACAACAAAUUGACAAAACAAAAACGUGUGUGCAUUAAUGACUUGAAGCUGAUAAAAAUAAAGAUAGUAACAACAGGGGAGCUAUGAUCUCACCGCGUAAAAGUGUGCGCACGCGCCUCGUUGAAGAGUUCUACACAUACUGCGCUUUCUGGAUCUUCGUGUCGGCGCUGCCAGUGCUAACAGUUUCUUAUAUUUUUGUACGAGUAUGUAAAUAUCUUUGGCUGAAGCUACUGUCCAGCAGAUACCCACAUCUAGAAUUCAUCUGGACAGACACAGUUCGCUCUUUGCUUGACACGCAUCGGAACCAGGGAAUCAUCAAUGUGUUACUUUCAGUACAAGGCACACUAGACCCAGAAGAGCUAAAGAACCACCUAACAGACCACGUGAUAAACAAACUCGACAAGAAUGGGGGACUUAUGUUUCCGAGACUACGACAUCAACUGGUGUCAUGUUGGGGGAACUAUGCAUGGGAUGCCAGUGUCACCUUUAGACCAGAAAACCAUUUUAUUGUAGCCAGUGCCGUUUAUAGAGGACGGCAAGUUGGUGACAACAAUAUUCAGGAAUACGUCAGUGACAUAGUAUCAAAAUACUUCGCAAGCGACCAAUCUCCGUGGCAGUACAUCGUAAUACCAUGCGUCUCAACGGAGCCCAAGUAUUACAUAUUAGUUCGGGUGCACCACCUUUUGCUCUCAGGGAAGAAGUCUUUAAACAUCGGGGACUUGCUACUUAUGGAACAGUUAAGUCCUUCAGACAGGAUCAGUACGUCACAGACAGAGUAUACCAAGAAGAGUCCCUUGACACAGCUGUUCCCAACGCCGUCAGCCAUACCAGAACUAUGGGGGAAACUUAACGAAAAUUUGUCAAAUGCGUGGAACGAAUUCGUAUCUGAAUAUGAUCCUGUCGAAAGUCCGAGAGCAUUGAAGACUUUACCUGGAGCGUUUCAUGUGGCUGGCUUAGUUUUAAUAUCAACAGUUAGUGCGCUAAGAGAACUGAAUAAACGGUCUAAUGGAAGGGACACGGCUUCGGAGGCGCCAGUCACGGCGCUUACACUCUUGGCGGCGAUCCAGAGAGAAUGUAAUAGAAGAAACCUUACUAUACCAAAGAUAAUCCUAUCACCACUCAUAACAGCAGAUCCUCGAAAAUGGCCGGGCAUGGCUAUCGGUGCUGCAUUUUCUUCACUACGCCAGUUCAUUUGUCUACCCCUUCGUAUUCGAAAUGAACUGGUUGCUUUAAACGAGUUACGGACUUGUGGUCACGCCAGACAACCAGACACAUUAACUUGGAAGUAUGCUGAAUUAGCGCAGUUGUGUGUAGCGGCUAUUAAUGAGACGACAAGGGCAGCGCUUGAAGUGUAUCGGGCGCCUGCCAGACUUUGGACGGAUACUAUUGGUGCUGAUGAUGGCCAUAGACAUUUGUUACAAACUGUGUCUUUGUGUGGGCGAAAGGUUACAGCAUGGUCAAAGCCCGUCCCCCGGGCCGGUAUAGAGCGCGUAGCAAGAGCUCUGGACGUGUCGUCAUCAGACAUUGCCCUAUACGCCGCCACAGAGGCUUUGAGGGCAUUCUUCGAAAACGCACAAAACUACUCACCGGACCAUGUGCUGACGACUGCGAGGGCUGCGCAUGAGGACUUCCUCUAUACUUUCGCUGAAGGACACGGGAAGAGUCAUAAGAAAUCACAGACCGGAGGCAUGGUGUGCCUGUCCCUGCCUCUGGGCGCGUCGGCGCGGCGCGUGUGCGCGGGCGUGCGGCGCGCCUGCUGCCGCCAGCGGGCGCUGGCCGCGGGCUGGGCCGCGCAGGCGCAGUGCGGCGCCCUCACCCGCGCCUUGCCCUCCCCGCUGGCCCGUCUACUGCUCAACCUGCUGUCCCGCCGAUACGCGCUCUCCUACGCAGAGAUCGACGCGCCGCCCAACACGCCGCCACGGAAGACGUUGUGGGGACAUAAUGUGGAUGCUGUCGUUUAUUGGAGACCUCCUCAAGCAAAUAUUAGUAUGUCUCUAACGGUGAUACAGUACGCGGACACAGUACGACUCGCAGUAAUGGCUGACGCACGCCUGGUGCCCUCUCACAUAAUCCCCGCCACUCGCUGGCCUACUGCCAUCGAGCAGUUAGUCGCUAAGGUAGAUCAAGAAAUCGCGAAAAUCACUGCACGAGCAAACCUAGCCGCCGGCACUGUGCCACAAAUCAUCACCCCUGAAGAAAUUCCUACUACCAGUACAGAUACAGAUACUCCUCAAGAGGAAACGGGAGAAACAGAAGAUUCGGGAGUCAUGCUCAGACCUCCGCCUACAACGGCAGUGAGCCCGCCUCCCAUUCGGAGACGCAUAGCCAACUAGAUCAAAACAUUCGUAGCUUCUAGCUAAGCGAUGUAAAUUCACGGCGCACGGCUAAGUCGGCCACCAACCGAGGACAGGUCCAGACGAAUUUACCGACACGGGAUUGUUGAUAUAGGUGACAUUCAGUGGACGUUCACGCGUCAAGUUAAAUGACUCACAAGAAAUGACUGCUAGUUAUAAGACUCGUACUUACUAGGACAAAUGUGUUUAUCUUUAUUUUGUUGACGUUCGGGGCUGCCUACCGUUAUGAUAAGUUGUUACAAUCUGAUGUAAUGGCGAACUGUGAUCAUGUCAAUGUCAUUUGUUAGAUAAAUGAAUUUAUUGUUGUUAUUAAAAGUAGAAAAUACUUA